UCUAGGAGGACUGCUCUUUUCUGAGUGAGUUGGUUCAGUGUGACCGUGACUCACUGUGGUCCCCUGGAAGUUGUUCUCCCAGAAGCAAGCCUGGGAGGUGGAGGCAGUGCUGCCCUUGUUCCACACAGUCCCUGGCAGAACCUCAUUAGAGUUCUUGUGCCCAGGGAUGGGGAGGCCACAGCUGGCCUGGUUGGCAUGUGUCUGCCUUCCUAGUGGAGCAGUUGCCUCAUCCUGCAGCCUCAGACCUUUUCCUUCACAAGGUCCCUCUGCCUCCUCCCCCUUCCCACAGCUGGGUGGGGGUGAGUGGGCAGGGGGCAGGCGCAGCCGGCUGAGGAGCCUGAUGAUUUCCUGCCCUCACCACAGCUUCCUGUCGCACGCGGGUGGUGAGGAGGAGAGGCAGGCAGGCGGGGAGCAAGAAAGGGGCAGGUACAGCUGGGCACAGGGAUCGUGCUGCUGGUAGCUGGGGCACAGGCCCCAGCUCAGGCUUUAGGACUAGCCUCUUCCAGCACUGAGCUCAACUCGGUCUAGCAAGGAAGUGGGGGUCAUUGAACCCCAAAGGAGGACACAGCUGCUUGCCACUGGAUCCCAGGCUGGGGCCCACUCAGUCCCACACCCCUGCUGCCACUCUGCCUAGAGGGGCUGCAGUGCAGCAGGGCCUGGGCCAGGUGCUCUGCAGAUGGAAGCAGACACUCUGAGCCCCAUGGGGCUGGGCCUCCUGCUGCUGCCUGUCCUGGUCACGCUCCUGGCUGCCCUGUGUGUGCGCUGCCGUGAGCUGCCAGUCUCCUAUGACAGUGCUUCCACAGAGAGUUUGUACCCACGGAGCAUCCUCAUCAAACCAUCUCAAACAGGCUUCCCCCGAACAACUGCCACUUCCUAUCCUCUUGUUACUUCCUUCCCACCCCUGAGGCAGCCAGACCUGCUCCCCAUUCCGAGAUCCCCACAGCCCCUUGGAGGUUCCCAUCAGAUGCCGUCUUCCCGGCAGGAUUCGGAUGAUGCCAACAGUGUGGCGAGCUACGAGAACCAGGAGCCAGCCUGUGAGAAUGCGGCCGAAGAUGAAGAUGAGGAUGACUACCCCAAUGAGGGCUACCUAGAGGUGCUUCCUGACAGCACCCCUGCCGCCAUUCCUGUCGUCUCCUCUGCUCCCGUGCCCAGCAACCCUGGUCUCCGAGACAGCGCCUUCUCCAUGGAGUCGGGUGAGGAUUAUGUGAACGUCCCUGAGAGCGAGGAAAGUGCAGAAGCAUCUCUGGAUGGCAGCCGGGAGUACGUGAAUGUGUCCCAGGAGCUGCAGCCGGUGACCGGGGCUGAGCUGGACACCAUGAAGUCCCAGGUUGUGGAAGAUGAAGGAGAAGAGGAGGGAGUGGAGGGAGAGGAAGCCCCCGAUUAUGAGAAUCUGCAGGAACUUAACUGAGAGCCUGCUGCAGCCGUCUGUCCUGGAACUAGCCUUGCUGGGAGGGCAGAACUGAGCAGCUGGGAGUGGCUCUAAAGGAGUCCCAUUCGACCUCUGCCUUUUCAACAGUCUGAGAAUCUCCCCUAACUUAUUGUCACUUUGGAGUCCAGUCUGUAUCCCCAGUAUUCAGCACCUUCUGAUGAAGCCUGAGAAUGAAUCUAGUUCCUGUCUGACUCUGUUGUGGAAUAAAGGCCAUUAUGGCCCAAAGUCUUC